GAUCAUUUCAGUUCAGUUGAGCCCACACCCACUCACCCUCCUCCUCCUCCUCCUCAGUCCUCGAUGUCGCCGGCGGCGUGGACGAGGACGAGGAAGCUCGUGCUUGGCCUUCCCCUGCUCGCCGGCCGAAGCAGCAGAUCCGCUGGAGAUGGCCGCUCCUCCUCCUACUUUGCCGGUGCCGGUGCCGCCGGAGAGACGAGCCAGAAGAAGAAGAGGUCGACGGCAGUCCGGAAGGUGGUGGCUAUCGGGGCCAUCAGCCUGGCCGGGGGAGUCGCCCUCAGCGCCAUCAACGACCUCGCCAUCUUCCACGGAUGCACCAGCAAGGCGAUCGACAAGGCUAGCGAGAACCCAGAGGUCGUACAGGCGAUCGGGGUGCCUAUAGCUAGAGGCCCAUGGUACGAUGCAUCUGUCGUUUUGGGUCAUCGGCGCCGAUCCGUGUCGUGCACGUUCCCGGUCACAGGGCCACGGGGUUCGGGAGUGUUUCAGAUCGAGGCCGUCCGGAAUGGAGAGGAUGGUGUGCUUUCGUUUCUGCGCCACCACGACUGGGAGAUACUGGCCAUGGAUGCUCGCCUGGAACUGCAGCUGGAAGCACUACCUUCAGAUGAUGGCAGUCAGGGUCAGCAACCAGUCGUGAUGAACCUAAACCUGAUGAGCAGCACUUCUGCUGAUGACGACGACAACUGUAAGAUUAGUGAUACUGCUGGUGGUGGGGAAAUCAGUUGAGAGUUGAGCCUUUCUUCUUUUCUUUUCUUGUCGUUGCAACAAGAGGGAGAUAGUUGACAAGAAAGAAUAUUCAUAGAAAUUUGGUUUGAUGGAGAUGGCAAUAAUUGAAUUGAAUUGAGUUGAGCAUCACUUCA